AUGCGGACACCGGUUUACUUUCUAAGUCAUGGUGGUCCAAACGUCAUGUACCAAGUCGACCACCCCGCCUACAAAAAGCUCGGCCAGAUAGGCCGCGAGAUCACGACAAAGGUCAAACCUCGCGCUGUGGUGGUCUUCUCGGCGCAUUGGCAGGCGUCUCGGGAUACGAUCCAGGUGAAUACGGCGGAGAUUACGGAUUUGAUUUAUGACUUCUAUGGCUUCCCGAGCCACUAUUAUAAAGAGAAAUAUCCGAAUGUGGGAAGUGCGGAGGUUUCGAAGAAGGUGCUUGAUGCGCUUGGUGCGGCGGGGAUUAAGGCCGAGGGGGUAAAGAGGGGGUUGGAUCAUGGUGUUUGGGCGAGUUUUAAGUGUGCAUUCGAACCCGAUAAGAACCCGUUGAAUGUCCCCAUUGUGCAAGUCUCGCUCUUCAAGACUGAGGACCCAGUUCAGCACUACCGUCUCGGGCAGGCAGUCUCACACCUUCGGGACGAUGACGUCCUCAUCAUCGCGUCUGGUAUGGCAGUUCACAACCUGCGCGAUAUGAUGUACAGCUUUGGGGACCCCAGACCGCUUCCAUAUACCGCUAGCUUCGACGAAGCGCUCAAAAACGCAGUAACCACCGCCCCUGAAGACCGCGAGAAAGCCAUGUCGGAGUUGUUGAAGCGGCCUGAUGCGAGACAGGCCCAUCCGUACUUUGACCAUCUGCUUCCGAUUCACAUCGGAGCUGGAGCUGCGGGUGAGGAUCGCGCAAAGAGAUUAUGGACCCUGGGAGAGGGGAGUCUGAGCUGGGCGCAGUAUAGAUUCGGGGAGGUUGCCAACAGCAGCAGUUUGUAG